GACACCUUUGAGUUGCGAGACUAAAUUAGUAAAUUGUAAAUUGGCUUAGCAUAUUUAAAAAGGAAAUGGGGCGGAAACGAUGAAUCCGGCAUCGCGUAAACGUGCUUGGAGCAAUUCAGCUUUUGCUAAUCAAUCCAAAUUUGAGGCCUCUGAUAAAACAAAUGAUUUUGAGAAUGGGAGCAGCUUCGCUGAUAACAAACAAGAGAAUAGAAAUGACAUACAAACGCUACAGAAUCCUAAAGUGGAGAAAACUCAAACCAAAUCCUCCAAAAAUAGUUCCAAUUGGAUUAAUGCAUUUGAACCAAGUAAAUGUGAAGAAGUCGCAGUACAUACGAAAAAACUAGCAGAACUACAAAACUGGCUAAUGCAUUAUGAAGCCGUAAGUAAACAACAUCCUGCACAAAUAUGCCUGCUUACCGGGCCAUCUGGUUCGGGAAAAACUACAGCCGUACGUGUUAUAUCACGAUCACUAAAUUAUGAACUGCACGAAUGGAUUAAUCCAGUUGACUGUGAAUUAAUUAACGUCUUAGGAGAUCAAACUAAUAGUUACAUAGGAUCCCAAAUAGAAAUGUUUAAGUCGUUUUUAUUUCGUUCGUCUCGGUAUAAAUCAUUAGUCGGUGGUCAAAAGCGUCUGGUGCUAGUGGAGGAUUUUCCCAACAUGAUAAUUUCAAAUGCCGAGACUUUUGAAACUAUUCUGGAAGAAUUUUCGAAAUAUGGAAAAUCGCCGCUUAUAUUUAUAGUAACGGAUUCCAAAACUCGUUCUUUAAAUAUAAGUUAUAACAUCUUUACUGAGCAGCUGAAAAAUAAAUUUCAUAUAAACCAUAUUGGUUUUAAUCCAAUCGCAGUGACUCUAUUACAGAAGGCGAUGAAAAGAUUUUGUACUCUAAUGAGGGAGCCACAAAUAGCCGCUAAUUACAAUGUGCCUUCACAAUCGGUUAUCGACUCGAUAGUAUUUGCUGCGCAAGGUGAUAUUCGCAACGCACUGAUAAAUCUGCACUUUGCUUCACUAAAGGGUACUGGUACUUUGCCUACAGAGCGUGUGGAAUCAUGUGACAACAAGGGAAAAUCUAAAAAACAAGUAUCAACGCUUAAAACGAUUCGUCGUGAUGAAUCACUAACGAUGUUUCAUGCAUUGGGACGAGUUUUCAAUCCCAAACGUAUGUCCAAUGGUAAUUUCAUGCACAAUCCAGAAGAUAUAAGCGAAAGUUUUGCAUCUGAACCGAAGCGAUUUAUUGAUCUUAUGCAUGCUAAUUACCUUCCACAUUUCGGCGAUAUUGAACACGUUGUUGCAGCAACGAAUAACCUGAGCAUUGCUGACAACAUUAUUACCGAAUAUCGCGAGGAAUCGUUGGCACUGAUCGCGCUUAAUAUAGCUAUACGGAGUAUAAUGGUAGCGAACGAGACUCCAGUCAGCGCGUGGAUCCCAGUUAGAGCACCAAAGCGUUAUCAGCAAGACGCUUUAUGUAAACCGCUACCUCUACAGUGCAUAUCCAAAAACGUAUACGCAACAGAUUAUAAAAGUUACGUGGAAAUCAUUCAUGGCUCUAAAAACAUCAGCUCGACCAAAUAAUAAUUAAAAUGUAUUUUAUGAGUUUAUUUCGAAUAGUAAGAACCUUAUUUAUUAAAUAUCUGAGAGAUUAAGUUUUCGCAUAGUAAUAUAUUAAAGUACAUUGAAUGCCUUCAA